UCUUUCAUUUCUCCGACGGACGACGAGGCGUUCGUUCGAUCGUUUGUUCAACGUCAUCUUUUUAUCCCUGUAAUGUCUUAUUUCUGCGUCCCACAUGCUUAGGGGUAACCGAAUUAAGAAAAAAUCCAAGAAUCCCCGCACAAGAAGAAAAGUACGAGCGACGGCAGACGUAAAUGUGAACUAGAAAGUGUGUGAACGAAGUCGCAAGGUUCUUGUCCGUCCGGUUCGAUCUGGAUUUGAGCAGUUUAGACCGCAAGUCGGGCACCCUUCCCCUCGUAUUCCUUUAUUUAGAAGUUUAGUGGUGUGUUAAAUAGACUUUAUUAUAAUUAGUAAUCGUCUAUUAGUGUUUUUUGUGGUGUAAUCGUCAAAUAAACCCGCUCCACAAUGUCUGAAGAAUCGUCGGCGGAUCGUAAUGUCGAAAUAUGGAAGAUCAAAAAGUUGAUCAAGAGCUUGGAGAUGGCAAGGGGGAACGGCACAUCAAUGAUAUCCCUGAUCAUUCCACCGAAGGAUCAAAUCAGUCGGGUCUCGAAGAUGUUGGCUGAUGAAUUCGGAACAGCUUCCAACAUCAAGUCGCGUGUCAACAGACUGUCCGUGCUCGGCGCCAUCACCUCCGUACAGCAUAGACUCAAACUGUACACAAAAGUGCCUCCAAACGGCCUAGUAAUCUACUGCGGUACAAUAGUCACAGAGGAGGGCAAGGAGAAGAAGGUUAACAUAGACUUCGAGCCGUUCAAGCCCAUCAACACGUCCCUAUACCUCUGCGACAACAAGUUCCACACGGAGGCCCUGACGGCGCUACUGGCCGACGACAAUAAGUUCGGUUUCAUCGUCAUGGACGGUAACGGUGCCUUGUUUGGUACUCUUCAAGGAAAUACUAGAGAGGUACUACACAAAUUCACAGUGGACUUGCCGAAGAAGCACGGUCGCGGAGGUCAGUCGGCCCUGCGUUUCGCCCGCCUGCGCAUGGAGAAGCGCCACAACUACGUGCGCAAGGUGGCGGAGGUCGCCACGCAGCUGUUCAUCAGCGCCGACCGCCCGAACGUCGCCGGUCUCAUCCUCGCCGGUUCCGCUGACUUCAAGACUGAAUUGUCGCAGUCCGAUAUGUUCGAUCCGCGUCUCCAAGCCAAAAUCAUAAAGUUAGUCGACGUAUCGUACGGCGGUGAGAACGGUUUCAACCAAGCCAUCGAACUGGCGGCCGAGUCGCUGCAGAACGUCAAGUUUAUACAGGAGAAGAAACUCAUCGGGAGGUACUUCGAUGAAAUAUCACAGGACACUGGAAAGUAUUGCUUUGGUGUUGACGACACUCUUCGCGCGCUCGAGCUCGGCGCGGUCGAAACGCUCAUCUGUUGGGAGAACCUUGACAUUCAGAGAUACGUGCUGAAAUCUCACGCGACCAACCAGGAGACCAUCCUGCAUCUUACGCCCGAACAGGAGAAGGACAAGUCACAUUUUACUGAUAAAGAGAGCGGGGUAGAGCUAGAGCUGGUCGAGUGCCAGCCCCUGCUCGAGUGGCUCGCGAACAACUACAAGUCGUUCGGAGCCACCCUCGAGAUUAUCACCGACAAGAGCCAGGAGGGGAGCCAGUUUGUCAGAGGAUUCGGUGGCAUCGGAGGUCUCCUUCGUUACAAGGUCGACUUCCAAUCCAUGCAGCUCGAUGACGAAGAGAUCGACAACUUGUACGACAUCGACGACUAUUAAUCGCGACUGUCGUGUCGCACGGACGCGUCUGUCGGAUGUGUGUGUCGUGUCGUACGAUCGUUGCGAUGUGCCUUAUAUUAAUGUAUGUAGUUACACCGUCACGUUCAUAUACUCGUUAUUUUAAUGUUGUGCGUUUUUUUUAAAGUUAUUUAUUAUUAGCUUUCUUAGCAGUGAUAGCUUGGUGGUUCGAAUCCCGGCACGCAUCAUUUUUUUAACAAAUUCAUGUGCGUAUUACAAAGUAAUUAUCACAUGCUGGAAACGGUGAAGGAGAACAUCGUUAUCAAACCGGCACGCCUGAGAUUUUCAAUGGUGUGUCUAGACACGUCAGAGUUGAACGGGCGGUUUAAACUCUGACACCGGGUUGUACAUCAACCAUAUGAUGACAACUUUUUAAUCUGUCAAGUAAUUAUCUUGACCUUGUUUUAAACUCUUUUCAAUGUUAUUCUACCUUCAGGAAUGUAUAUUUUUUCAAAAAGGUAGAAAUGACGAUUUUAUGACGGUGUAACAAUAGGUUUUAACUGAAAGACUGACAGUAUGCAAUAAAUAUGAUGUUACUGUUAAAGUUAAGUUUGAGAGCUGUUAGUCGAUCGGCGAUUGUCAGGGGUUCUCAACAUAAACAAUGAACUUCUUUACUAAAUGAAAUAUGCAAUAUUCAUUUUCGAAAAGCCAAUUAUAUAAAGGCUUACUUGCAUAUCAUGAUAUUUUUACAAAUAAGUAAGAAGAAAAAUGUUGGUCACCCCUGACUUAGUAUUGUAAGACACGACACACACUAAAGACGUCGGCUCGCAUUCGAAACUCGAUUCAGCCGAAACACAAGAACUGAAUAAGACUAACGCAACACGACUUGUCGUGCGUUUAGUCGCGAUUGUCGCACGACCAUUGUAAUAAAACUUGACAGUAUUUUGUCGGAGGUCCGACGCUUACGAUGCGACUUACAAUCGGGUUCCACAUGGUCUCUCGUCUAUCUUAGGCUGAGUUUCCACUAAAGAUGUGCGAUGGAAAUGUGUUGAGCGAGGAUAUCCGCUGAGCCGUUUCUAAGCUGUGCUGAACGAGGCGAGGUAUACAAAGCGAUUCUAUUGGUUCUCUACAAACACAACCCUCGCUACGCAUCCUCGCACAUCUGGUAUGAACGCGGCCUUAUACGAGUUGCAUGAUCGACCUUAUACAUUAUGUUAUAUUUUGUACACAGUAAAAAUUGUCAGUGUAAAAAAUAGUCUAGUGUAGAGGACUAUGUAUGAACCGGUUAAUUCAAAAUCGUAGGCGCGUGUGACCAGCAGGCUUACUCCCGUCACUGAUUUGGUUCUAGUUUUUAAUAGGAUUCGGUCCUGGAAUACUAAUAGGGUAUUUGACUAACAAAAAUCUGUUUAGACCGCCGAAAAGAUUUUCAAAAAAUAUUGGUGAUAUGUAUUUUUUCUUUUAUCUUGUAAACAAAAAAUGAAAAAUGCUUUCCAAAAUCUCGUGUGACGUCACUUACCAGUACGCUUUUUACUAGCAAGUGAUGUUUUUCACUACCAUAUUCAAGUGCUUUUUAUCUUUCAUUACUUAAAGAUGUGAUAAAGUGAAAAAUAAUUUGUCAAUAUUUUUUGAAAAUCUGUCUGACGGAGAAAACAGAUAUAGUCAAAUAACUUAUUGUAAUAUACUUGAUAGUAUUCAAACAAAUGCUAGAUCGAUUACCGAUCUAGUGCUAUCAAUGACGUCAGCUGUCGACCGUAGUUCCAGUUUCUGCCACUGCACGGCGCUACCGUCGGCUUCCAGAAUACCAAUUCUAUUGAAACAGGACUCGAUAAGCCUACAGCAGUUUCGAUUGCGAUCUUUAAAUAUAAAAGCCAACCAAGACAUCUUGUAUUUUUUGUUCUCAUAAAAAUACUUAUAUUUAAUUAUAAAAGAAUAUUUGAUUUUCUAUGUAUUAGCCAAUAACUCCUAGCACAGGUUUUUAAAACUAUUUUAUUUGUUAUAUUAUGUAUGAUAAUAAAUGGCGGUUGGUGGACGAA